AUGUCCGGCCCGCCGCCCCCUCUGCCGUCCAACCUCGUCUUCUUCGGCCCCUCGGCCAACUGCACCCUCGACCUCUGCCCCAUCGAGUACAGCCUCUACAAGUACCGCCCAAACCUCGCCGUCAAUGCCCUGUUCCUCGCCCUCUUCGCCCUCGCCGGCGCUGUCCACGUCUAUCUCGGCGUCCGCUGGCGCUCCUGGUGGUUCAUGGCCUUCAUGCUCGCCGGCUGCCUCAGCGAGAUCGUCGGCUACGUCGGCCGCAUCAUCAUGUAUAACAACCCCUUCGAAUUCGUCGCCUUCAUGCUCCAGAUCGUCUUCAUCACGAGCGGGCCCGUCUACUACACCGCCGCCAUCUACGUGACUAUUUCCAAGACCAUCGAAUCCUUCGCACCGGAGCUCUCCCGGAUCCCCACGAAGGUCAUCUAUUGGCUCUUCAUCUCCUUCGACCUCUUCUGCCUCGUUCUCCAGGCCGCCGGCGGCGCGCUCAGCACCACGUCCCGCGGCAGCUCCGACGUUGGCAUCGACCUCGCCAUGGCCGGCCUCGUCAUCCAGGUCGUCGUGCUGGUGGCCUUCUGCACGCUCUUCGCGGACUACAUGUUCCGCUACACGCGCUCCACCGCCGCGCGCAGGCUGACGCGCCGCGAGAAGGUCUUCUUCGGCUUCCUGGCGCUGGCCAUCGUGCUGAUCCUGGCGCGGUGCGCGUACCGCGUCGACGAACUCAGCGAGGGGUACUCGGACUCGGACAAGAUCACGGACGAGGGCCUGUUCAUUGGGCUCGAGGGAGUUCUCAUCAUCUGCGCCGUGUUCGCGCUGUGCAUCGGACACCCUGGACUGGUCUUUGGAAAGAACAAGGCGACGGACGGAGAGAGAAAGGGGUCGACCGUCGAGAGCGGCGUCGAGAGCGGCAUUGCGGUGACGGAGCGGAAGUGA